AAGAAACUCAGAAAAACCAGGCAUCUUUGAGGAUGAAAGCAUGAAACUACGACAGCUGAAACUACAGAAUCAGAGAGCCCUCCUGGAGAAGAAGCAGAGGAAGAAACGUCUCGAUCCAUUGAUGGUACAGCCAAAUCCUGAGGCCAGGCUGCGCAGGUCAAAGCCCAAAGGGUGCGAGGAGCAGACUCCAUUAGUAGAAACUCCUCCCCCUGUCCACAGUGAUGUUGUUUUACAUGGCAUUGAUGGACCAGCUGCUUUCCUGAAAUCAGAAGUGCAGGAUUUGGGGGCCAAGCUCCAAACUCUGUCUGUUGGAUCUACCAAACCAGAAGACAAUGCAGAUAAGGAAAAUGAUGGAGAGGCUGUAACAGAUACAGCAAGCAAACCAGAUCUGCAAGAAAUAUUACAGAAACGAGGAAUUUCAGGCAGUUUGAAUUUUGAUGAGGAGGACACAGAAGAGGAAGAAGCUAGUAAGAGACCAGCAUCUCAUUCACCAUACCCUGAAUCUGAGAGGCCUAGUUCUGCAUCCAGUGAGAAGUCUUUUGCAGAAACAGGUGCUUCCUGUAGUCCAUCCCCUCAGGCAGAUGCACAGCUGGGAGAAGUCGAGAACUUGGAGGAUUUUGCAUUGCGCCCUGCACCCCGUGGAAUUAGUGUCAAGUGUCGAAUCACUAGAGAUAAAAAGGGAAUGGACCGGGGACUCUUCCCUACUUACUACAUGCACCUGGAGAGGGAUGACAACAAAAAGACAUUCCUUCUUGCAGGGAGAAAAAGAAAGAAGAGCAAAACAUCCAAUUACCUCAUAUCAGUUGACCCAACUGAUUUAUCCCGGAAAGGGGAAAGUUUCAUUGGAAAACUCAGGUCAAACCUCAUGGGAACCAAAUUUACCGUCUAUGACCAUGGUGUUAACCCAGUCAAGGCACAAAGUCUAGUGGAAAAGGCUCAUACGAGACAGGAGCUCGCAGCUAUUUGUUAUGAAACUAAUAUCUUAGGAUUUAAGGGUCCCAGAAAAAUGUCUGUGAUCAUUCCAGGAAUGAACAUGAACCAUAAGCGAAUUCCAAUCCGUCCACGAAAUGAGCAUGAGGGUCUGCUGUCAAAAUGGCAAAACAAAAAUUUAGAGAACCUCAUUGAGUUGCACAACAAGGCUCCAGUGUGGAAUGAUGAUACUCAGUCCUAUGUUUUGAACUUCCAUGGGAGGGUCACUCAGGCCUCAGUGAAGAACUUCCAGAUUGUCCAUGACAAUGACCCUGACUACAUCGUGAUGCAGUUUGGUCGUGUAGCGGAAGAUGUGUUCACUCUGGACUAUAAUUAUCCUCUCUGUGCUCUUCAGGCCUUUGCUAUUGGACUCUCCAGCUUUGAUAGUAAAUUGGUCUGUGAAUGAGGGACAACAGACAUGAAACAUGGAACUCACUCCCUCCCCUGCAUCUUUACUGGAUGUACAGUAUGGAGCCUGUGUGUCACAGCAUGGAACACUCGAUUCAUGUGGCCUUAACUCACCAGAGUGGAUUGCAGCACGGUGUGGCCUGGAGGCCUCAAUGCACACAUCUGUGUACUGAAACACAGAACAGUCACUGUCCUGCCUGCUUCCUCCCUAUUGCGCGUAUUCACCAUGGUUUGGAGAAGUCUGUCCCUCCACCGAGACAAGAAUUAGGUGUUCUCCGGCUUUGGAUAUUGUCCUUGUCAGCAGACUAACUCCAUUUCAAGCUGCAAAGAGCAGAUACAUCGCUUUUGGUCUCUGGAGUCUUUGCAGCGGUAGAUAUCACUUGCGCUUUCAAAUUAACAAAACUUUGUGAAGACGUUUUCUGAUAUUGCCAGAAAGAAUAAUGAUCGUAAUCGCAAAGUAAAGACUGUAUUUAACUGUAAAAUAUGAAUUGAGGCUGAGAAGUCCAGCUCUUGUAUCUUUCAGAUAAGCAUUUUUCAGUAGCUGCUGAGAUAUUUUCUUGAGAUGAUCUUAUCAGAAAAGCAGUCCAUGAAGAGAACUUGAACACUGAUGGAUCUGUUUUGUGCCUUCCUGCUCAUCAGGCUGAGGAUGAGACCUGGCAGUGUUUUUCAGCUGUGCUCUUCUGAAGUCUUGACUGAUGGUUCAGCAUUCCCUCUGUCCACCCAGGAAAAAAAGUCAGUUCGUGUACCUGUCUGAUUAUUUUUCUGACGAGGAAUGUGUGAAAGAAAUUGCCUUAUGUUAUUUUGGGGUGACCUGAAGGUAGGAUGCUAAUUUCUGAUUCAAGAUGAUUUUCUGUGUGCCCAGAAAGCAUCCUUUUACUUAAUUAGCCUUGUCAGCAGUGACUCUUCAAGCUAUUUGUUGACAUCAAAUGAUGCUGUCACAGCCUCUCACUCAAAUUAUGCAGAGAGAUUAACUGAUUCAGUGGUCUUUAUCAGAUACUGUUUUACAUUAAUUGUACUUAUAACUUUUAUAUCUAAAUGAAAAUAAACUAAUUUAUAUAUUGAAAA